AAAUCUGAAAAAAAUAAACAUAAAACUUAUAAAAGAUUGAUAAAAUAUAUAAAUUAUAUACCACGAAUUAUUAUUUAUACUGUUUGUGCAUAUUUAUUUCUAUAUAAUUCACGUUCAUUGAUUGGACGAUAUCUUCGUUAUGAAACAAUUGUUAUGGUUAAAUAUCAGGCACCUGAAAAGAUACAAUUUCCAGCAUUUACAAUAUGUGGAUGUUGUAUUGAACAAAUUAUACAAAAUGAUACGGCUGAAAAAAUAUCCGAUCGUGAAAUGAAAUUAUUAAAACAAUAU